CUUAAAACUAUACCAAUAAGAAGGAGCUUGGUAAAGCUCAAGUAACAACUAAAAGGUAAAACACAAAUAACCAAAACAUCCCAAGUCUACCUAAGGUUAGGCACCUAAAGCUUAACAACUUUUAUUACUUUACUUUUCGAAAACGGAUAUCAAUUUGAGCGUAAAUAUUUUGAUAAAUCAACGUGUUGCCUUGUAUGGUAUUCACCACGAAAAAUAUAUACCUAUCACACGAAUCUAGGGCACAUUUAAGCCUCAGCUCGUCCUGACGACAACAUCCCAGAGUUACAUCAACGACAGUCCACGAACAGGCAAUCGGAUACCACGCAGCAUCUUAUAAGAGGCCUAUUUCUUCUUUAAUUAACCAGGCUUCGCAAUCAUUGGCUGUGAAGCUUGAUGCUAUUUUGUGCGCCUCCAUUGGGUUAGGCAAUUAGGACUCAUCGAGAUAUUGCAACCCGAUGGACUAAGUGCAAGAUUGGACUUCUCCUUUGAAUUCUAAUAUUAAGACGACGCCAUCAUGUUAAAUCCUCGUCGGCGGUUGGUUCAACUACAAGGGUCUGAACAUCAGCCUCUUUUGAGUCGUGUCGUUUUUGGCCCGCCAGAACAAGAGCCACCCCUCGGUAACGAUACGAAUGACCACAUCCACCUACCGGUGUAUACAAAUAUCCAUAGGAUACGAAGAGAUGUCAUCAGCAUAGUCGAGGACUUUCUCACUCUUGAGCAGUUAACAGACCUCCGACUCAAUAUUUCAGUUGUCCGACCGCUGGUAGACAAGUUAUACGAGCAGAAUGAUAUAUCUAUCGUUUAUUGUUUGCUCGUGAACCGCUCUCAGUUCCUCCAUGAGCAGGAGCAUAUGACCAAUAGACAAAACGUUCACUUCACACGGGCGACCCUCUGUGAGCUUGUAGCUACCCGCAUCCUAAGACGUUUUGGCGAUGAUAACCCAGGCUCGGAAGGACUCCUUCUUUUAGCUAAAAUUCUGGUUACCGGGUUUGGGCCGUUUCAGAACGCUCCGGAGGAGAUUCGUGAAGAGGCAUUUCUUGGUCCUACGUGGAGUCAAAAUAGGACUUUACCGGCACUUGAGGUGGCUAUCCUAAGUAGUAGCAAGCAUUUUCUCAGUUCUACACAUUGUCAAAAAGUUGUCAACGCAAUUUACAUUGGGCAAGUUAUUUAUACUCCAACCACUUUUCUGGAUAUGAUACCGGACCGAUACAAACUAAAGCCUAUCUCGUUAUACGAACCCCGCGAGGCACCUUUACUUAACCAGUAUCGGCUGGUAGUGCCUCGCACGAGGAACAUACUAGAAAUAACCCAGUUCAUUAUCCUCCUCACCUUAUAUCUCCUAUUUAUGCUCGAACGGAAACCGGAGUAUUUGAGCGGUUUUGAGAUGGCAUUUUCGAUAUACGCGUUUGGCUGGGUUCUUGAUCAGUUCGCAACGAUCUUAGCACAUGGAUGGAACGUAUACACGCAAAAUCUUUGGUCGUUCUUGGAUGUCAUGUUCGCGUUGGUCUACUGGAUAUAUUUGAUAUUAAGAAUAUACGGUUGGAGAACCGGACAACCUGAACUAGGCCAACAAGCUCUUGACGUCCUUGCAAUGGGAGCUCCAGUGCUUGUCCCUCGGCUAGCGUUCAACUUAUUAUCGGAUAACUUAGUAUUCCUAUCCCUACGAUCUAUGAUGGCGGAUUUCACUCUGCUUACAGCACUGGCAGCCUGGUGCUUUUGUGGAUUCCUGCUAUCUAUGGUGUGGCUCGCAGAAGGGCGCCACAAUAUCGUGACAAUCAGUAAAUGGAUGCUGUGGAUUUGGUUCGGCUUGGAUGGCACUGGUAUUUCACGUUCUGGGGAAUUUCACUGGCUUCUAGGACCGACCUUGAUGGUCACAUUCGCGUUCCUGGGUAACACAUUAUUCCUAACGAUCUUGGUUUCGAUGCUCUCGAAUACUUUUGGUACCAUUGUCUCCAAUGCUACCGCCGAGAUACAGUUUCGAAAAGCGGUCUUAACGCUCGAAGGUGUGAAAAGCGACGCGAUAUUCGCCUACCAACCUCCAUUUAACAUCAUUGCCCUAUUCGUAUUGGUUCCGAUGAGAUUCUUUGUUAGUCCUCGUUGGUUCCACAAGAUUCAUGUAGCAACAGUCAGGACAAUCAAUCUACCGGUGCUACUCCUUAUCGCCGGGAUCGAGAGGCAACUCCUAUGGUCAGAUACGGAAUUGGUGGAAUACCCGACAGAACAGCUACCAAAGAAACGUCGUUCCCGGAGCUGGUUUUGGGAGAAAUGGAGGAUAACAAGCCACGGGGACAUCCAGGCUGUUUUUGAUAUUCCUCCGCCGGAUUCAGUUGAACACGACAUUACAGUCGACGAUGAGCUAACGCACCAUAUGAUUAGAAGACAGUUUGCUCGACAGCAAAGUUCGACGCUAGUAGAGGCGAGUAAGAAUCAAGACAACGAGUCGAAUCAGCCGCCACCACCUAAGACGCCGAGUCGUAGGGAUUCUAUAGCCCCAUAUGGGAUGCUAACAGACCAGAUACGAGCCAUCAUGAGUGAAUCGUCCGAGAUCGAGGAUCUAUCAAGCCGUUUAGGCACAUUAGAGAGCACCACCUCGAGGAUUGAGGAGAUGCUAGCAAGGCUAUGUAACGAUAGUAUCGGUGGUAGCGAUGGUAAUAAUGCUAGAACUACCUCGGAGCAGGGGGUCGAUGAUGGUAACUGGAUAUAAUAUAUCAACUUACCUAGUUAUUCGUGGUAGUAUGGCUGGGCCUUCAAAUAAAUAAGAGCGUAGGCGUACAAGAUAAUUUGGGCAAACGGGGUAUAUAUCGGAAUCGAGAGUUUUACAUAGCAUAUAUUGAGCACUGUGUUGGGAGGUUUAACACCUGAACAAAUACGAAAUAUGUGGUCCAA